AUGGGGGGGACCAGGGACGUCCACGAGGGGGACCAGGGACGUCCACGAGGGGGACCAGGGACGUCCACGAGGGGGACCAGGGACGUCCACGAGGGGGACCAGGGACGUCCACGAGGGGGACCAGGGACGUCCACGAGGGGGACCAGGGACGUCCACGAGGGGGACCAGGGACGUCCACGAGGGGGACCAGGGACGUCCACGGGGGACCAAGGACGUCCACGGGGGACCAAGGACGUCCACGGGGGACCAGGGACGUCCACGGGGGACCAGGGACGUCCACGGGAGACCAGGGACGUCCACGGGGGACCAAGGACGUCCACGGGGGACCAGGGACGUCCACGGGGGACCAGGGACGUCCACGGGGGACCAGGGACGUCCACGGGGGACCAGGGACGUCCACGGGGGACCAGGGACGUCCACGGGGGACCAGGGACGUCCACGGGGGACCAGGGACGUCCACGGGGGACCAGGGACGUCCACGGGGGACCAGGGACGUCCACGGGGGACCAGGGACGUCCACGGGGGACCAGGGACGUCCACGGGGGACCAGGGACGUCCACGGGGGACCAGGGACGUCCACGGGAGACCAGGGACGUCCACGGGAGACCAGGGACGUCCACGGGAGACCAGGGACGUCCACGGGGGACCAAGGACGUCCACGGGGGACCAAGGACGUCCACGGGGGACCAAGGACGUCCACGGGGGACCAAGGACGUCCACGGGGGACCAAGGACGUCCACGGGGGACCAAGGACGUCCACGGGGGACCAAGGACGUCCACGGGGGACCAAGGACGUCCACGGGGGACCAAGGACGUCCACGGGGGACCAAGGACGUCCACGGGGGACCAAGGACGUCCACGGGGGACCAAGGACGUCCACGGGGGACCAAGGACGUCCACGGGGAACCAAGGACGUCCAAUGGGGGACCAAGGACGUCCAAUGGGGGACCAAGGACGUCCAAUGGGGGACCAAGGACGUCCAAUGGGGGACCAAGGACGUCCAAUGGGGGACCAAGGACGUCCAAUGGGGGACCAGGGACGUCCAUGGGGGACCAGGGACGUCCAUGGGGGACCAGGGACGUCCAUGGGGGACCAGGGACGUCCAUGGGGGACCAGGGACGUCCAUGGGGGACCAGGGACGUCCAUGGGGGACCAAGGACGUCCAUGGGGGACCAGGGACGUCCAUGGGGGACCAGGGACGUCCAUGGGGGACCAGGGACGUCCAUGGGGGACCAGGGACGUCCAUGGGGGACCAGGGACGUCCAUGGGGGACCAGGGACGUCCAUGGGGGACCAGGGACGUCCAUGGGGGACCAGGGACGUCCAUGGGGGACCAGGGACGUCCAUGGGGGACCAGGGACGUCCAUGGGGGACCAGGGACGUCCAUGGGGGACCAGGGACGUCCAUGGGGGACCAGGGACGUCCAUGGGGGACCAGGGACGUCCAUGGGGGACCAGGGACGUCCAUGGGGGACCAGGGACGUCCAUGGGGGACCAGGAACGACCAACAUUAA